ACCAAACAGCAAAAUAUUAUUUAACAAUAACAAACAAUACAAUCUAUCCAAACAUUGUAUUCAUAAAACGAUACAAUACAUUGUAAAACGAAGGUAAGCAAUGAUCCAAACAAGAGUGUUAGUACGGCAGCAGUCAACAAGACGGCCAAAUCUCUCCUCUCUGCAAAUACCUACAAGAUCUUUGGAAAAUGCAUUAUCCAGUUUUACAAGAAUAGAUGUUCCAAGUCCUAACUCCACCCGAUCAGGGUUGCCCCCGAGGCCCUACUCUGCUAAGUUCCUGUCAUCUAUGAAGAAUCUGAUUCCACAGAAGAGCACUAGGACAAAAAAUGUAACCCACGAUGGCGAAAAGACAGUUCUCAUUAUCCCAGAUACGCCACUUUCAGAUAAGCCUUCAACUUCAAGAUCGUUUUCUCUGAAUAAAGUUUUGUUCUCUUCAACGACAAGAUCAAUCCGCUCUUUACCAGAGAGGCCAGUGGGAACUGUGGUAAAGCCUGCAGAGGACAAUCGUUUGGAUGCUCAGUUAGAGUUAAUUAAACCUGAAGCUCAACAGCAUAUGAAGCGUUCAUUUUCAGUGCCUAUACAUGUUAAAUGCAGAAGCUUAAGGAGGACAGAUACUAGUGGCAGUCUCAUCCGUGUCAUUUCCAAAACUGUUCGCCCAACUACAGAUUCUGAUGCCUCAGCAGACAUAUCACAGGAAACAGAAAAUGGUGACUGACUUAGGUGCUCGUGCUCGUGCUCUUGCUAUCUCUUUACCUUUCUCUUGUGUUUUAGGUUUUCUUUCUUCUAUGAUAGCUUCUACAAUGGGUAUGAUUGUUUUCCCUUCUCUAUUUUCUUCUCAUCCGAUGUCAUGAUUCCACAUAUAAAACUUCUACUUCCUGGUCUUUUCCUUUAACUUAAUUGAAUACUUUCAAAUA